GAGCCCUAUAAAAGCGGGUCCUUCUCCUCACUCUCUCAUCCAGUCCUCUUGCCUCUAUCUCCUUGGGAAGAAGACAUGUCCUGCUACAACCAGUGCCUGCCCUGCCAGCCCUGCGGCCCGACCCCGCUGGCCAACAGCUGCAACGAGCCCUGCGUCAGGCAGUGCCAGGACUCCACCGUCGUCAUCCAGCCCUCCCCCGUGGUGGUGACCCUGCCCGGCCCCAUCCUCAGCUCCUUCCCGCAGAGCACCGCCGUGGGAUCCUCCACCUCCGCUGCCGUUGGCAGCAUCCUCAGCUCUGAGGGAGUGCCCAUCUCCUCCGCGGGCUUUGGCCUCUCCGGCUUCGGCAGCCGCAACUGCAGCAGGAGGUGCCUCCCCUGCUAA